CUUUCAUUAGCCGAACUGAUAAGAGAACUAUUAUCUUGUCAAAGCAGAGGGUCAUUUAGUGAAUUUACGGAUAACAGUCUGAACAAUGAUUUUUCAAAAAUUAGCUGUCUUAACUGGAUUGGUAUUCCUUUCUCACUGUUUUGGAAUUUCAAAUCAGGAUACUCACAGACUUGAACAUGAGGCUCGAUUGGCAGACAAAAUGGUCGUUGAUCAGGAGGAGCUAUUGAAAACGAACACAGGAUUCCGAGAUUUAACACGAGCUGGUCUUCCACAGAAACGGGUUGUGGGUGUGAUAUCUGCAGUAAGUGCAUCCUUCAGCCUCUUAAAAGGAAUAGCCGACAAUGUUGAUUUUUCUCGCGUUUGCGUUAUUGGACUGAAGAAUCUUGGAAACCGGAAGCUCGUAAACCCCACGUGGUAUCUGUCUCACGGUGUUAUUCGCCAGCCUUUACCUCGGUAUUUGCCAGCCGGUGACGCGGGGAUAUUCACGUUCGAAAAAAGCAGUUACGCAAUAGCCGGAACGUCUGGCGUGUUAACUUACACGAUUUCUGGCACCACACACCAGGUGGCAGUUUUCUGGAGCGUCCCAUUUGUUUAUGGAAUAUACUCAAACGAACUCCAUGUCCAGGUUUGGAAUAACGCCCAGGCGAAUGAGGCUCUGUUCAAAAGCAUGGAGGCAGAUGAAGAGAAGCUGACUGUGUGGAAUUCCGGACAUUGGUUAAAGUCCAGUAGUUUUGGAAUCACAGUUAACGCUGCCAUGACGAACGCUGCCAAAGCCUCGCUUUUAGUGGAGGUGGAGUUCAACCUCACUAGCACACAAUCAGAAAUAUUUGGCUGAUCCUUGUAUUUUUAGAUGUGAUUGUAGAAAUAGAUGAAUGUGAUGUAGUUA